AUGGCUACCCCUCGUCGCAAGGUCGUGGUGGCCCGGAAUCUAGGGCCUGACGUCAUGUCGUUACUGAAUGAUCAUCCCGAGCUGGAGGUCAUUGCUUGGCCACAUGAAAACAAGCCGUGCGACCGCAAGUGGUUGCUUGAAAACAUACCCGGAGCGUACGGUGUUCUCGUCAUGUACUUUGAUAAGGUUGAUGUGGAACUUCUAGAGGCUGCCGGGUCCAGCUUACGGGCGGUGUCAACGUUUUCUGUCGGCUACGAGCACAUAAAUGUUCCUGAACUUGUCAAGCGCGGUAUCAAGCUCGGGUACACUCCAGACGUCCUAACCGAUUCUAUGGCCGACAUGUCAAUAAUGCUCGCCCUCAUGGCGGGACGUAAUGUCAAGCAAACACACGAGAUAUGGCCUGCAUUCGUAUGGUCUCCCUUCGGAUUUUGUGGCCCGCAAAUCAGCGCGAACCCCGUCAACCCCAAACCUACUGCGGGGUUCAUCGGAUUCGGACGCAUCGCACACGCGACCCUCGCUCGUCUCAUCCCUUUCGGCUUUGCUCGCUGUCUCUACACUGGGAAUCCUGCGACCCCUCCUAACGCCGCUGCCGACGCCAAGGUCGCUGAAAAAUAUGGCGUGAAGGAAGUACGGCGCACAGACCUGUCAGAGCUCGCCCGAGAGAGCGACGUCGUGUUCGCGCUCGCCCCCGGGGGACCAUCGACGUUCCACAUCAUCGACGAGGCGUUCCUGAAGCAGAUGAAGAAGACUGCGGUGCUGGUCAACACGGGUCGGGGGACGCUGAUUGACUCGGACGCCCUCGCGAAGGCCCUGCAGGAAGGAUGGCUAUACGGAGCUGGUCUUGAUGUCGUCGAGGGCGAACCAGGGAUCACCCAGGAUCAUCCGCUGGUCAAAUCACCGAGGUGUAUCAUAUUGCCUCACGUGGGCAGCGCGACCACGGAGACGCGUCUCCAAAUGGGGACGUUAGCGGCAAACAACCUGAUCAACGGGGUGUUGGGUACACCAAUGCCCGUAGAACUGAACACGUCUCAUUAG